AUGGCGGCGCCGCUGCUGCUGCUGCUGCUGCUCGUGCCCGUGCCGCUGCUGCCGCUGCUGGCCCAGGGGCCCGGGGGGGCGCUGGGGAACCGGCAUGCGGUGUACUGGAACAGCUCCAACCAGCACCUGCGGCGAGAGGGCUACACGGUGCAGGUGAAUGUGAACGAUUAUCUGGAUAUUUACUGCCCUCACUACAACAGCUCGGGGGUGGGCCCCGGGGCGGGGCCGGGCCCCGGGGGCGGGGCGGAGCAGUACGUGCUGUACAUGGUGAGCCGCGCCGGCUACCGCACCUGCAACGCCAGCCAAGGCUUCAAGCGCUGGGAGUGCAACCGCCCGCACGCCCCCCACAGCCCCAUCAAGUUCUCGGAGAAGUUCCAGCGCUACAGCGCCUUCUCGCUGGGCUACGAGUUCCACGCGGGCCACGAGUACUACUACAUCUCCACGCCCACCCACAGUCUGCACUGGAAGUGUCUGCGGAUGAAGGUGUUCGUCUGCUGUGCCUCCACAUCGCACUCCGGGGAGAAGCCGGCCCCCACCCUCCCCCAGUUCACCAUGGGCCCCCAUGUGAGGAUCAACGUGCUGGAAGACUUUGAGGGAGAGAACCCCCAGGUGCCCAAGCUUGAGAAGAGCGUGAGUGGGACCAGCCCCAAGCGGGAACACCUGCCCCUGGCGGCGGGCAUCGCCUUCUUCCUUAUGACGCUCCUGGCCUCCUAGCUCUGCCCCCUCCCUUGGCGGGGGGACGCGGGGCUGGGAAAGGGCAGGGGGACUCUGGCCUCUCCAAGGGAAGUCCAGCUGUGGGGCCUAGACCCUCUCCUGCUGUGGCUGGCAGUGGGGCCUGCACCGUACCUCUGUGCCCGUCCCCUUUGCCCCCGCUCUCCCCGCGUAGGGCACUGGAGUGGACCAGACGCAGGCACAGCCCCGGGCCCCGGGUGGCCCUGGGGCUCCGGGGCCUUUCUCUGAUCCCUGGUACCCUCUCCUGCUGUCCCCACCAGAGACAGGUAUGCCCCGGAGAGCGCGCAUCCGAGCGUGGGAGGCACCCCCGUCGUUCUCUUCUAGGGGCGGAACCCAGGGAGGGGACUAGAUGGGCGAGGGGGUGGCAGCGCCCACUGCCCCCUCCCCCUGUUUACAGCAAUAAGCACGUCCUCCUCCUCCCACCCCCGCCCCCAGGAUUGUGGUUUGGAUUGAAUCCAAGUUUACAAGUAGACACCCCUGGGGGGGGCGGGCAGUGGACAAGGGUGGCAACGGGUGGGCACCGGGGUGCCAGCAGGCAUGUACAGACUCUGUAUCUCUAUAUAUAAUGUACAGACGGACGACUCCCUCCCCCUCCUCGGUCCCUGACCUUCCCUGACUUCCCCUUCCAGCUUCAGACCCCUUCCCCACCAGGCUAGGCCCCCCCCUCCGGGGGACCCCCUGGCCCCUCUUUUGUCUUCUGUGAAGACAAGGCCUAUGCAACGCACAGACACUUUUGGAGACCGUGAGACAACAGCGCCCCCCCCCCUCCCCUCCAGCCCUGAGCCGGGACCCCAGUCCCAGGACCUGGCCCCGCCCACCCUCCGUGGCCCCACCCAUCCUCCUGGGCCUUUUUCAAGUGCUUUGGCUGUGACUUUCAUACUCUGCUCUUAGUCUAAAAAAAUAAACUGGAGAUAAAAAUAAUCGAGUGUGUGUGAUUUCAGGGGCCACCACCCUUCCGGACACUGGUUAAACCCCACAGGGCACAGGGUCGGGGAGGGGAUUCUGGGGCCAAAGGAGCAACUGAACACCUCCGUCCGGCUCUGUCCCCCGUGAGGAGGCAGCUCUGUGUCCAGCGAGCACCAGGGGCUCCCAGCCGGGCCUGGCCAAGGGCGCAUCUCGGAGGGUCGUGUUUCUCAUCAGAAAAUUGUAACACGUGUGAGGAUUAAAUGGCAGCGGAAGCGUACAGCUCCACGAAUGGGGGUUGCCGCCUUUUCUUCCCAUUCCAUUCUGCAAUCAGGUCCUUGACUGGGGUCUGCGGAUUUCACGGGGUUGUGAACCCAGACGGGAUAAAAGUUACAUCUCUGUUUUCACUCACCUGUAACUGAAAUUAAACAUUCUCUUAUGUGCUCGGGCCACAAGCCAAAAUAGUUGCUUCUUUGUAACCAACAGAAAUCCCAGAUGUUUUCGGGCUGCGUUACAGUUUUGAACAUCUCUCAAAAUAACCAUUCGCUCUCAUCCCUGCAUUGAAACGACCGGAGUUGU